ACUCAUCAAAGAGCAAAAAUGAUAGGUAAAUUGCCCUAAAAAGAUUUGAUUUUUUCCCACAAAUUUGAGCUUAUUUGACCUCUUUUUCUUGAUUUUGAGUUCCGUGUUUGAGCUGUGUUGCUUUAUAUUGAGCUUAUUUGAUCACGAAUUACAGAUCAAAAUUGGAUCUUUUUAUUAAAUCAGUACUGUUUAGGGCCAAAUUUUCCAUUUUUCACAUAUAAAAUAGUAACAAAAAUUUAAUUCAAUACUUAAGGCUGCAUAUUUUAGCGUGUGAUAAACCUUGAGGGGUUGUUUGGUAGCUGUUUUGGAUAUGAUUUAUGGAGUUAUUAAAUCGUGCUAGUAAUACCACAUUUGGUUGCUGGCUAAGAGACUAUGUGCAGGAACAAGAGAUGGAAAUAGAAGCAUUGGAAGCAAUUCUUAUGGAUGAAUUCAAAGAAAUACACUCCAGCGAAAGUGGGCUAAACACUUCAAAUCGAUGCUUCCAAAUUACUAUUUCUCCUCAGGAUGAUGAUGAAGAAUUUUCACAAUCAUCAGUCCGACUGGCUUUAAUAUUCUCACACACAAAAAAAUAUCCGGAUGAACCUCCACUUUUGAAUGUCUCAAGUUUAAAAGGAAUUCAUUCUGGAGAUCUCAAAAUCUUGAAAGAGAAGCUGGAACAAGAGGCUGGUGAGAAUCUUGGCAUGGCCAUGAUCUACACAUUGGUCUCAUCAGCUAAAGACUGGCUGUCUGAAAGAUUUGCUCAACAGACAGGAGAGGAAGAUGCUGAAGUGGAUGAAGCCAAAAAAGAGGAAGUAAUUGUACCACACGGAGAAGCAGUUACCGUUGAAACGUUCUUGGCAUGGAGAGAAAGAUUUGAAGCUGAACUAGCUCUGGAAAAAGCCAAGUUAAUGCCAGAUUCAGCACUUUCUGUGUCGAAGGAAAAGAAACUGACAGGGAGGCAAUGGUUUGAAAGUGGAAGAGCCAGUGGGAAAGCUGCCACAGCUAUUGCUGAAGAAUCUGAUGAAGAUGUGGAUGAUAUUGAUUUUGAUGAUGAUGAUUUUGAAGAUGAUGAAGAAGAAGAUAUGCUUGAGCACUAUUUGGCUGAGAAAACAGGUUCAGCAUCUCAUUCUUGAAGAAGAGCCAGUUAAGACAACUUGUGUUUUAUGUUGGAGGCGGAAGUAUUAUUUCGCUCAUUUGUCAAUUGUUGUAACGAGGUAUUGCAGGUUAUACGUGUGUCAGUUUUGUCCCUUGAUCAGACAGCAUGAGUGCUGAACAUAAGUUUUGUAAGAAAUUAAUUCACCUUUUGAUCGGUAAAAGAUUUGAUGAUGCUUGUGCAUUUUCAAUUUA